UUGUUUUGUAAAAAAAAAUCCCAAAAAGUUUAAAAAUAUUUGAAAAUAAACUCAAAAUAUUUUUUUCGAACUGAUAUUCUGCUGUUUAUCAUAAAAUAAUCCUGCCCUCCUCAAAUCCGUUAUAAUCCUUACUAAAUGCCAACCGUUUAACACGAAGUGUACACCCAAACGAAGAAAAUCCCAGCAAGCAACCUUUCAUAUUUGAUAACAAUCUGGGUAUUCAAUUUCUCCUUUUCGAAAGAAAAAGGAUAUCGGAGAGGUGGCAAACAACAAGACGUAUCCAUAAACCAACACCAAACAAUUCUCACACCAAAAAGGGUGGUCUUCUCUCUCUCUCUCUGUUCCGGGUAUCCAUGACAUGCACAAAAAGGGAAAAUGUCAUGUCGAAGUUAAUCCCUUGGGCCUAACCUAACACACAACGGAGCAACCACAAACUGUUGUGCCGUGUUGGCAAACACACAAGGACAACAACAAGGAGCAGCGAACAACAUCUCACUUGUCAAUUCCUGAAAUAGGAUACCAAAAUCCAACCAAAGCUAAUAUGGCAACAACUCAAUACAAAUCUUCUAGAUUUAUUAUUCUGGCCUUGAAAGAACAAGACAUGGCCACCGCAUCCCUUCAACCGCAAGGAUACAAAUCAAAAUCACAAGUUUUCGAAACCGACGAUGAUGAACGCCACUUAAAUUGUCAGCUACAAAUGGCAGAAACUUUCAACACCGCCAGCUCAUAUGUUAAUGCUGGCGAUGAUGACAAAAGAAAUGUUCUAAAGGAUCGUAAGGAUGUUCUUUGGCAGCAACAUUCAGGGGAUGUGCAAUUGACAAGAAUAAAUCAAGUCAACCGCCACCAGAUUGCUAUGCCACAAUGUUGCCCAAACAACAUUGACAACUAUCAACGCUUGUCCCUGUCCCAACAUCAUUGCCAGGAAUCUGGUUAUGUUCUUUACUUAUUCGAAGUUCUGCCAACAUGCCAUGCAAAAAGCCCAAAGGAUAACAGAUUGCAACGACAUGCAUCCACAAACUACCCAGGACAUGGAAAGUCUGCGACAAAUGUCUCUUCGCAUCCAUCAAUGCAAGCGAAUGAUAUUGACAACCACGCGCAGAGGGGGAAUUAUGCGGAUUAUGGACAAGUGAAGUACCAGUCAAAUCUUUCCGACGACCAUGAUGUAAUUUUUGGCACAGCGGAUAAAGUUUUUGGCCAGCAAUGCAUUUGGAUGGAAUCACGUAUUGAAUGGCUCUCAAAAUUGGAGGCCAGGAGUGAAGAGGUGGCCCCCAAAAAGGGGAGUCAACUAAUAAAUGAACUACAGAUUCGUCGUCCUAGUGAAGGGCAAUUACCAAAAUGAGUGGGUGAGCAAGUGAUGUGGAUGUUGGUGAGUCUUUGUGGUGGUGAUGUUGGAGAUUUCCUCUUUAAUGGGCAUGGACUUAAAGUGCAAUGACAAUCACUUAAUCAAUGUUACCGUAAAAGGAACGUGACAAUUUUCGGUGGGUUGGACCUUUGAAGAGGGAGGGGUAGGUAUGAGGAACAUAGAAUGGACAACAUUGUUAUAUUAUCUUUGUUCCUGAGAACCUUUGGCAUCUGCUGGAAUUUUGUAGAAGUCCCUUCUCACCUACCUUCCCCCCUAAAUUACAUCGCGUAUAUCGCACUCCUCGAUUCCGCCCAACCACUUACCUUGUAUCCAAUACAAUUACCUAUUAUUUUAUUUCAAUUAUCUAAUAAAGGUUUGCUUAGUUCUUCGUUUUGCACUCUAAUUGUCAUGGAGUGGGCCAGCCA